UGCUCGCCGCAUCACUGCCAAGGGUGCGCAUUUACGCGCGAUUCUGUAGCCGAUCUCCAGCGAUAAGCCUCAUCCACUAGGACUACUUCCAUUCGAAAAACUUCCUCUCAGUUUUCCUCAAUACAUUCCGUGCGUUGCUUUUUUUUGGUCGUAAGCUACAUUGGAAAUCAACAUCAACUUUUACCCGAGGCUGCUGAGACGUUUGCGUUGAACUUAAUCCAUCUCGCUCUGACGCCAAUUUACCCCCAGGCAGCGGGGUUGGGGAGGCCCAUCUCCGUCUCUCUUUGGUCAUCAGCGUCCGCGCCGAGAGAGAGAGAGAGGGCGCCACGGCCGGGCUUUGAUGUCAACUACCGGGUCGGGCGGCGGCAGAGAGCGCGCUCGCGGCCUUUAAUGUCAGCUCUCUGGCUACAAAGUGGAGGGAAUUACCUGGCUUUGAUCUGCAAUCAGGACGGGCCGAGAGACCUGACGACGCCGGCCUUCAGAUCUCGGACCGCUCUGUCACCCUCCCUCCCUCCGCAGCCUUGAACGCCCGCCGAGCCGAGAGGUCAGGGCCCAGCCUCCGCCGCCGCCGACAAACGCCAGAGGACACCUUUUUUCCCCGCUUCUGACUUCCUGUUACGUUCUUCAUUGUUCCUGUCUCACAUUCGUGGACUCCUCUCCGGUCCACCUGAGCAGCUGUUUUUCUUUUUUCUUCUUUAUAGUAUUUUUGUUGGAGUUUUGUCUUCCCUCAAGAGGGGCCCAGAUGUCGGGUUGUACUUGCCCAGGUGUGCGUCGGGCUCUGGCUCUCCUGGCGCUGCUGGGGUCCCUGGGGGGCCGAGGAUGCUGGGGAUCGGACCCCGGCUCGGGGGAGCUGGAGGGCCAGGGCUCCCGUCAUCCCAGGGGCUCCUGGGAGGCAGCGCUCAGGCACAAGCGCAGCUGGGUCUGGAACCAGUUCUUCGUGCUGGAGGAGUACACGGGAAACGAACCCCUCUACGUGGGCAAGCUCCACUCGGACGUUGACGGGGGUGACGGCAAGGUGAAGUACGUGCUGUCGGGCGAGGGCGCCGCCUCCAUCUUCACCAUCGACGAGAACACGGGCGACAUCCACGCCACCAAGCGGCUGGACCGCGAGGCGCAGGCCUACUACACGCUGCAGGCGCAGGCCGUGGACCGCGUCACCAACCAGCCCGUGGAGCCGCGCUCCGAGUUCGUGGUCAAGGUGCAGGACAUCAACGACAACGAGCCAAAGUUCCUGGACGGGCCCUACAUGGCCGGUGUGCCCGAGAUGUCCCCACUGGGGACCAUGGUGGUGCAGGUGGCGGCGACGGACGCCGACGACCCAACGUACGGGAACAGCGCUCGGGUCAUCUACAGCAUCAUCCAUGGCCAGCCCUACUUCUCCGUGGAGCCCCGGACCGGCAUCAUCCGGACUGCCCUGCCCAACAUGGACCGGGAGACCAGGGACCAGUAUGUGCUGGUCAUCCAGGCUAAGGACAUGGUGGGCCAGAUGGGGGGUCUCUCCGGGACCACCUCCGUCACCGUCACCCUCACGGACGUCAACGACAACCCCCCGCGCUUCACCCACAAGAACUACCAGAACACUGUGCUGGAGUCACUUCCUGUGCACUCGGUGGUGGCGCGGGUGAAGGCGGCGGAUGCAGAUGUCGGCCCCAAUGCGGAGAUGGACUACCGCCUGAUGGACGGAGACUACCUCGGGUUGUUCAACAUCUCCACUGAUGAGGAGACCCAGGAGGGGGUCAUCGUGCUGCUGAAGCCUCUGGACUUCGAGACAAAGAGCAGUUUUUCCCUUAGAAUCGAGGCAACCAACCGAAACAUCGACUCCAACUUCUUGAGCGUUGGCCCGUUUAGCGACUUGGCCGUCGUCAAGUUGACGGUGGAGGACGUCAACGAGCCACCCGUCUUCUCCACGCCGCUCCUCAAGAUGGUGGUGUCGGAGGACGCCAGGAUGGGAACGUCCAUUGGAAGAGUCUCAGCGCACGAUCCUGACUCCACAAACAGCGGCAUACGUUACUCCAUCGACAGGAACACAGACCUGGAGCGGUUCUUCAACGUGGACGCCCUCAGCGGAGUCAUCAGCACGGCCAAGCCGCUGGACCGAGAGGCCAACUCCGUCCACAACCUCACGCUGCUCGCCAUCGAGAGCCAGGAUCCCACCCAGAUAGGUAAAGGCAUUGCCCUGAUCACCGUGCUGGACAUCAACGACAACGCACCCGUCUUCGCCAUCGACUACGAGACCCUGCUGUGUGAGAAUGCCAUGCCUGGACAGCUGAUCCAGACGAUCAGCGCGGUGGAUAAGGACGAGCCGCCCAGUGGACACCGCUUCUACUUCUCCCUGGCCUCGCCUGUGGCGGGGAACUUAAACUUCACCCUCCGCGACAACAAAGACAACACGGCGUCCAUCUUGACGAAGCGCGGCGGGUUCCGGCGGCGGGAGCAGCCGGUGUACCGCCUGCCGGUGCUCAUCGUGGACAGCGGCAGCCCGGCGCUGAGCAGCACCAACACGCUGGCGCUGCGCGUGUGCGACUGCGACGCCGACGGCGUGGCCAUGUCCUGCGGCGCCGUGGCCUACACCGCCACGGGGCUCAGCACCGGAGCGCUGCUCGCCAUCCUGGGCUGCAUCCUCACGCUGCUCAUCAUGGUGCUGCUGAUCGUGACGAUGCGCGGCCGCAGGAAGACGCCCCUGAUCCUGGAGGAGGAGCGGGACAUCAGGGAGAACAUCGUGCGCUACGACGACGAGGGGGGCGGCGAGGAGGACACGGAGGCCUUCGACAUGGUGGCCCUGCGCAACCUCAACGCCAUGCACGCCGACCUGGGCGCCGCCCUGCGCGGCGGCGGCGGCGGCGACCCCAAGGCCCGCCGCGACGUCACCCCGGACACGCCCACCUUCUUCCGCUACCCGCCGCCGCAGCAGCAGGCGUCCUCCGGCGGCUCGUCCCGCCGGCCCGCCGCCUUCAAGUCGCUGCCGGACCACGUGGUGUUCCGCGAGUUCAUCUGGGACCGGCUGAAGGUGGCGGACGUGGACCCGUCGGCGCCGCCGUACGACUCGCUGCAGACCUACGCCUUCGAGGGGAGCGGCUCGGUGGCCGAGUCGCUGAGCUCGCUGGAGUCGCUGAGCUCGGACUCGGAGCACAGCUACGACUACCUCAGCAACUGGGGCCCGCGCUUCAAGAAGCUGGCCGACCUGUACGGCAACGGAGACGCCGCCGCCGCCAGCAGCGUCAGCGUCUUCUCAUAGCCCGAAGAAAAGAAAAAAAAGAUGUUUUUAAACUGUUACUGUUUUCUUUCUUUGUUUUUUUUCCACGUCGACGCCGACUCAGAGGAACGUCAGCGACGCUGUUUUAUUUAUUAGCUGAGGAGGUGAGCGAGUGCUUCGCGGCCGACGAGGCGACGAUUUUGAUUACAGCUCGACAAACUGUGAACUUAAAAAAAAAACGAACUGGAAUGGCGUCCAAAGGUUUUGGCGCGUCUUGCCUCCCUCGCACGCCGGCGUUUCAGAAGUGUGACUCGGUGAGAUUCGACACAGACUUCUGAAGAAGAGGACUCCACAGGGGAAGGAACCUUUUUGCUCAAAAGACAUUAAAGGCUUGAGAUUGGGCUGGGCUCCAGCCACUGUUCAGGGGAGCGAUUCAACGGAGAGAGAGAGAAGAGAGAGAGAGAGAGAGAGAGAGAGAAGAGAGAGAGAGAGCAGAGAGACAAGUGUUCUUUCAUCGGGGUGAUGGCCAGAAACCUGGCACUCUUGCAUUCCUUGGCCUAUCUUACAAAAAUAACCCAUGGCGUUCUCCUGAAUUGAAUCUCAGUUCCCCGGCGGCUAAUCGGCCUGUCGUUUGUCGGUUUGUUUCAUUGUUUUUUGCUGAGGGGGCUGCCAGGGGAUUAGUGUAUCGUUUGGUGUGGGGGAGGGGGG